UUUGAUGCCUGAAGAUGAAAACCCACUCAGGAGAAUACUGCAGCCUUUUAACUGGCAUCAGCCAGGGAUGUCUCACAGUAAGAGGAAGCUGCUCCAGUCUCUGAUCGGGCCUUACGGCCCUCUGAGUGUGUCUUACAACGGGAAGACCUGUAUUCUGUUCAAGGCAAAGCGCCUGGCAAUCCGCUACAGAAACCAUACCUUUAUUGAUCUGACUGAGAGGGUCUUUAACCCCAACUCACCCGUGGACACUAAAGGCUCCGUCUGCACAAAGGAGAAAGCUACGCUUUCAUUAAGGUUCGGUGAUGUGGAGGAUUUGCGAGGUCUAGUAAUCAGGCUUCAGAUGUCCAACACUUUUUAUGAGGCAGCUGGUCAAAACUGGUUCACACUAGACAGUGUUCACAUCCACUACAACUGGACCCAGGAGGCUACAUUCAACGCCAGCGAGGUCUACGCUCCUGCCACUUCAUCCUACCAUUGCCAGCACGUCAGCAGCCUACACAAAUAUGACACCCUGCUAGUGCCCAGCUCCCACACUGACACAUCCGCUAACUGGCACAUCACUUUCACUGAUUUCCAGAUCCAGGCCUUCAAUGUGCAGUCAGACAAGUUUGCGUCAGCUAGUGACUGUGCCACUUUCCUGACACCAGCCAUCCUGAUGGGGUUGGUGACAUCUCUAAUCCUGCUCCUUGUCUUAGCCUAUGCCCUGCACAUGGUGGUACACCUCAAGCACAUCGACCGCUAUGAGGAACACAAAGCUACUGUCUAUUUUCCCCGUAGUCCAGAGGCCGAGUUGCCAGACAAGAACAGCCUGUGAAUGAAAAAGAAGACAAAAGGGGAAGAGAGGGAGAGAGAAAGCUGAGAAGCAAGGCUGAGGG